AUGCAAGUUAUUCCAUUUCACCAAAUUCUGUCACGUGGCAUAUAUGUAGGUGUACCAAGUGCAACUGUUGUGAUUAUAAUUGGUUUGGUUGUUAUUCUAUUGCGGAACAAACGAAGACACAAGUCUUUGGGCUCACAAAAUCAGUCAAGAACCAUUGAAUCUGAUAAUACUCACUCAAAUGUAAUCCUAGAAGGUAGACACAUCUACUUUAAGUUCCCUGUCUUCUCCUAUGAGGAACUCGAAGAAGCAACAAACAAAUUUGAUCAAUCAAGAGAACUUGGAAGUGGAGGUUUUGGAACUGUUUACUAUGGAAAACUUAAAGAUGGACGAGAAGUUGCUGUUAAGCGGCUGUUUGAGCGCAACUCAUGUGUACAGCAAUUCAUGAAUGAAAUUAAGAUUCUAACAGGCUUGCGGCACAAAAACCUUGUGUCACUUUACGGCUGCACUUCCCGUACCAGUCGUGAACUGCUCCUAGUCUACGAAUAUAUUCCAAAUGGAACUCUUGGUUGUCAUCUUCAUGGAAAUCUAGCAAAACCUGGUUCACUACCGUGGCCCUUGAGGAUGAGGAUUGCCAUAGAGACGGCAAAGGCAUUGUCCUAUCUCCAUGCUUCUGGCAUCAUUCACCGGGAUGUCAAAUCCAGCAACCUUCUUCUAGAUCACCAUUUUUGUGUCAAGGUUGCUGACUUUGGUAUUUCCAGAUUAUUUCCCAUGUUUGUGUCUCAUGUCUCCACGGCUCCAGCAGGAAGCCCAGGUUAUUUGGACCCCGAAUAUUACCAAUUCUGCGAGCUUACUGAAAAGAGUGAUGUUUAUAGUUUCGGAGUCGUGCUGAUUGAGCUCAUAUCUUCUAAGCCAGCUAUCAUUGUUACAAAGGCCAAGGAUAAGAUUAGUUUGGCAAAUAUGGCAGUUAAGAAGAUUCAGAAAAGAGCGUUUACUGAGUUUGUAGAUCCUUCCCUUUGUUUUGAGUUUGAUGACAAGGUUAAGGAGAUGAUAAUUUCAGUGGCAAACUUAGCUUUUCAGUGCCUACAGAGGGACGGAGAGCUAAGACCUUCAAUGGAUAAAGUAGUGGAGUUUCUGCAGAAAAUUGAAAAUGGGAAGGAUGAUUAUCUAAAGCACCUAGAGUUUCGUGAUGCUGGGUUUUUGAACUAG